AUGACAACUACUACCCUUGAAGCCUCUCUCAAUUAUUUGUCCAAGGCUAUUGAUUCUUAUGAUUUCAAACGUGCUUUGAAGCCAUUGACCGUGGGUAUUAGUGGACCUCAAGGAUCGGGCAAAACGUAUUUGGCAUCGUUCUUGACUCGGACUUUACAAAAUAGUUACCCCAAUUUAAGAAUUACGCAAUUCCUGAUUGACGAUUUCUACUUAACAAAAUCGGACCAGGAGAAAGUGACACAGGAAGCUGUAGCCGAUGGGAACAAGCUACUCAAUGGAAGAGGGUUACCAGGAACCCACGAUUUGAGGUUACUACAAAACGUGCUUCACAAAAUUUGCGACAACUAUAAAACUGAGUGGGUGCCGGUAAAGAUACCCUCAUACGACAAGUCUGCAUUUGGUGGGUUGGGGGACCGUCUGAGCACGGAUGCAGUCAUCCUUGAGCAGCCAGUCGACGUUAUUAUUUGUGAAGGUUGGUUCAAUGGGUUCAUGCCUUUGGAUGAAGACUUGAUCAAUAUAAAGUAUUUGACAAGCCCUGUUGAUUCGAUUUUACAACGACAUAAGCUUUACCAGAUUCAGGAUGUCAACAAUAGGCUUACGGAAUACGUUCCCAUAUGGAAGGUGUUUUCACAUUUUGUUAUAAUACAAACCGGUACAAUUGACAAUGUUUACAAAUGGAGAAUUGAGCAAGAACAUGCCUUGAUUGCUCUCAAAAGCCAGGGAAUGAGUGAUGAAGAGGUUAAAUUGUUUGUCGAUAGAUAUAUGCCAAUAUACCUUUUGUAUUAUGACGAGUUUUGUGAAAAGGGACCACCAGAUACUGAAUGCUUAGUGUUGUCGAUUGAUCACCAUAGAAAGUUGUUGAACUUACGAGCCUUAAAUGCAUGA